ACAGCCACAUUAGCAAUAACGCCACACUCAAAAAUGUUCUCGUCACCAGUCGAAAUGAUAUCUUUAUCUUCCGUUGUGGAGAGGAAUUUUACAAUGCGUAAGUAUAUUGCAGCAUCUGUAAUAUUCAUAAUUCCUAGACAUAUGGGUUUUGUCUUCCCUAAUUGUGUUCAUACCUUUCUGCAAGCUGGACGUUUAAUUUCUGGGAUAGCUUAAUUUGGGUUCGAUAACGUAAUCCCUUCCAGAUACAUUAUACGUUCAGGAAGAAAUUAAAAUAAAAUGUUCUUGGUUGCGAAUUGGCUGUUGGCAAGUUGUUUGGUCUAAUUUCCUGCAUGGAUUGAUAACACAGGCGUACGAGACAGCGCGGCGGGGGAGGGAAGAGAAUUUAGAAAAUCAUGUAAAUUCUGUCAAAUCGUAGGAAAAAUCAAGAAAAUUCGGACAGAUUUAUCAGAAAAUAUGGCAAAUUCAUGACAAUCAUCCACAACUGCCGAAAGCGUCAACACCGUACGCCGAAGGCGAGACUCAUCUUGCUCUACACCUCCAAUUACCCAUCUAUCAAUCCAUCCACCCUAUGAUCACCGAACUGCUUAUGUCAAAAGUUGAAAUCUGGACAGGAAAGUGAACGUGAGGUGGGAGAGGGGAAUAUCUGGAAUAACCAUAAAAUGGUCUUUUGUGGCUACGACUUUUUCUUCAGAACUCGUCUCAGCAUUCGUUCUUGAUACUCGUCGCAGCAUUUGUUCUUGAUACCCAAAUAAUUCGAUCACUUUCUGGCGUGUAUUAACCCAGCCUCCACCUCUCUAAUAUACCGAAUUAAUGUUGUUAUGCACCUCCCCUCAAAAUCAGUAGCUUGGCUACGCCACUGACAACGAAACUAUAAACUAACAUUAUGAAAAGAAUUAUAUAUGAUGGAACCUUAUGGAUAAUAAUUUAUUAAUAUGCACAGUUGAUAACUGCAUAAUUAUAUCAUGGUUUUUGCACUGCUGAUGACACGGGUUCUUCGCGGAACGCGGAACGCAAGACUUACACCAAAGAAUGUCCUUGUAAUUACAUAAAUUUGCAUAUCACCAAGAGAAAAUUUCUCGUCUGUUUUCUGAAUACCACAAGGUCCCACACCCGUCUUGCAAGAAAGGUGAACAUACGACAUAAACAAUUACUAAACAUACCACACAUUCUUUCUUUUCCACAGCCACAUUAGCAAAAAUACCGCCACACUCGUCAUCAGUCGAAAUGAUAUCCUCGUCGUCCGCUGGGGAAACGAAUUUGACAUUGCAUUUGCGUAAGUAUAUUGCAACAUCAGUAUAUUUAUGAUUCCUGGACAUGUAGUUUUUGUCUGUCCUAAUAUUGUUCAUCUAUACUUCCUGAGUUUUUUCUGAAAGCUCGACGGUUAAUCUCUGGACGGUAUACUAUAUAAUUUUCGGUUCGAUAACGUAAUUACUUCCAGAUAGAUACCAUACAAGUUAAGGCCGGGAAUUAAAUGUUCUUGUUGGCUGCGAAUUGGCUUUUGACAAGCUGUGUUGGUCCAAUUUCCAUUUUUCACACAACUAUAUGGGUUCCUAACAGGCGUAUAAGAAAGCGGGGCGAGGGUGGGGGAAGGUUUUAGAAAAUCAUGGAAAUUCGGCCAAAUUAAAUGCCCGGACAAAUCACCAAAAUUCGGGCAUUUUUAUCAGAAAAUAUGCUAAAUUCACGUUAAUUCAUUACAAUCCUUCGUAGAAAAAUCGGGCAAUCCUUCAACUACCGAAAGCAUCGGCCUCAUAAUUGUUCCUAAUAUAAGUUAAGGGUACAAUAAUGGUAUUUUUAAUUGCAGAAUCCCUCUUUAUUUGGUAAAAAUAUAUUUAAUAUCAGUUUAACUUUGUUUAGGUGUAACUUCUGUAGCAUCGUCACCAACGACAACGGUUAAGUCAGAAUCAACAUCAGCACCAAGAGACACAGGUAAUUCAUUUUUUCAAUGUUAUUACACAUGGAGGCUAUUUAUCAUUUAUAGACCCGGAGCGAGGGAGGUUCGGCGGAAUAUUACCCGAAGUGAUAAUAUUUCCCUAGGGGCUUUGCCCCCAACCUCGUACCCAGGAUCUUUCUUUGGGAAAGACCCUGGCUGCGGCUGGUCACGUGCUUCAUCAAAAAUUUAGCGCCUGAGGGGGUGUGGGGAAAGUAUCAAAUUACAUCAACAUGCUUCCAGUGGGAUAUUCGUUAAAAACAUAGAUUUUGCGAAUUAUUACGUUCAAAAUACUUGCUAAUUUUUGUUUAUUUUCUUUGCUUUGAAUUUACAAGAACAUUGUUACAUUCUUACUUACAGUCAAGUCAAGAAACCAAGCAAAUCGUUACUCGCAGUGCUCUCUCGUGUUGUUAUUCAAUGCAUGCUCUCUUCACACUCGAGCGCGGUUAUAACAAACGUUUGUUGUAAUGUUUUUAAAAUAGGCCAUUACAUUUGUCCUUUCUUGUAAACGUUGAUACGCUUUGCACCGAUUCACUUGUUACUACGCGUCUUGUUUAUAAGAUUUUUAAAAGAAACAGUAUUGUCUAGGACUGGCCUAAAUAUUAGCAAAUGUAAACAUUUGAUAAUAGCCGAACAGAGAAAUGUCCAUAAGCAUAGAGGAAAUUUCAGUCAUUGAUUUAUCUGGAUUUACUAAAUAAAUUCGUAUUCGGUAAUUAUAGUAAGACUUAAGCCUUUUUCUUGGUCUCUAUUAAUCAUUAUAUUGUGCUAAUAUACUAUAAUCUAUAUCACAAAUUUACAGUGUCAGAUGCGCACAGACCGUCAUUUGGCGUCAUACGAAUAGACAUAAAUUUUCGAGUUUUCUACUUCUACUAACAUUUUUAAAGUUUUCAUUGUGAAUCACCUGUUUAUCUCUAAUUCAUUAAUCAUUUGCUACUUAUAUUUAUUUGAUAGUGUCAAUGUCAUAUAGUGAAUAAUGCGUUUACACACAAGCAAUCCUGGAUAUGAUAUAGACGAUGCAAGCUGUCCAUUAAAAAAUAACGGUAUUCUAUUUCACAAAGCAAAAAUUUAAAUCUCACUUGUAUAUAUUAAGAAUGCAUAUAAAGCAAAUUAUAUAUGUAUAAUUAUAUAUAAAGCAAAAUAUUCAUGUCAAAACGAAAGCUGUUUACAAAAUUUAUAAAGGUGGUGAACACUACUAAACAGUGCUCAUUGAAAAUGUCGUAUAAUAUAGUGACAUAUAAUUUGCCGUUUGACUUAUCUUUGGUGUAUGAUUUUAAUACCGUAGAUUUUCAACAGACAGCUAUACUUUGACAUAUACCAUGAUCGUUGGAUUCAGCAAUGCCAACGGCCAAUUUUAUAGUCUUUUGACGGGCUUUAAGUUUUUUGAUAAGGCCUUUAUAUAGAUCAACAAUCUGGAUACAGUUGGCGAUAUUUCGGAAAUCAAAAGAUCUCGCUAUUUCGUUGCAAUUCCACAUCUCAUCAAUAAAUAAAUUCUGUUGGUCCGAGUAUCAGGAUAAACUUUAAUACUAAAUAAAUAACAACCACACUGCUCGGUCUAGAGAUAUAUAUUUUCUUGUAGGUUUAAUCGCAGUUUAAUAUUGCCACGCUGCACAAGCGGCAAGCGUGCUUUCUUUGGCAAGUCUAUAAUGAAAUCUGAUCCAACUUGCUUGAAUUGUAACUCGACACCAGAUUAUAGAGUAGAACGUCACGAUAUAAAUAUUAAUUCAAGAGUUCUCUUUAUAAUUACGAUUUCUUGUUGCAAAUUUACAGUAAAUUUCAUCACCCAAAGUUGCAAUUUUAAAACGCUACAAACACGCUCCUUUCCCACCCCUCUCACAGUUACAAUUAAAUUUACCUCCCAGAAUCUGGGAGGCACGUGACCAGCCGCAGCCAGGGUCUCUCCCAGAUGACAGACGGAGAGACCCUGGGAACGAGGUUGCUUUGCCCCGAGGGAAAGAUAUCAUCACUGAGGGUAUUAAAUGGUAUAAUAUACCGAAAGGGUCUAUAAAUGAUAUAUUAUACCGAAAGUUAAAGAACCCACCAAGUUCAGAAUAAACUUUAAAACUUGAAACGAAUACAAUUUUUAAUUUCUUACGCAUACCUGAGUUUUUGACGUUUUGUCUUAAAAUAUUUGAGCAUGUAUCCUUUGGAUCAUUGAAGGUAACAUACGUCUUGAAAAUCUUUGGUUAACUUAAAUCAAUAAAUCUUCUGUACGAAAUUACAAACAACAGGUCGCGAACGCUAUAUUGUUUCAGAGCGGGGUGUCCACGCGUCACGCGUGAGCGUGAGAUACUAUAAUAUCCCACGGUUUAUCUCAUACCUAGCGUAUUAGCGGCUUUCUUAUUGGCUACGAGGAGGUGCGUUCACUCUCGAACCCACCUGCUGACGUAUGUUUAGGAGGUGGGUUCGAGAUCGAUGUUUCGGCGGCGGCCAUUGCGAAGCAAUUUUCAGACGAAGAUUUAAAAAAAAAUAAAAUAACUGGUUUUUUUUAUUUUGUUUGAUAAAAAUGGAAUAUUCUGUAUUCAAAGUGGAAGAGAAAAAAAUUUCCUCCGAAAUUUGUUCGGCACGGGCAGGUUUAUAUAAAUCUUGGCAAUGUUUUCGCAGAAUGUGUGCAUUUUCUCUUUUCAAGAAUAAUGGAAUAUUGUAGAGAAUUUUUUGGCUUCAAUUUAAGCCUAAGUUUGUUUGUUUGCGGAGUAUGUUGGCGCCUAAAAUGUUCGUUUUUAGUAUUUUACCGAAAUGGCAUGUGAUAAAUACCAAACAUACUUGCAGGUUCGGUGAGUCCGUGAUUGGACGCACCUCGGGUGGCUGGAAGUUUCCCGAACUCUCCGAGCGAAGCGAGGUGGUUCAGGAAUCUUCCAGCCACCCUCGGUGCGUCCAAUCCCGGACUCACCUCCCUGCAAGUACGUUUGUUAUAGAAUCUACCUUCGGAUAUUAUAGUAUCUCACGCUGCAUUGCGAAAUCAUGAAUUUGGGUAAAAUACCGUAAAAAAUCAUACUAUCACGUGGUAUAUCACGUGGUUGUUUUUUGAUUGAACUAUUUGAAUUUGAGGUAUAAUAUAUAUAUGUAUAUAAGUAUAUACCAUAAUUAAUCGUUGUCCGUAGUACAAAAAGAGUGCUCAAUAACAAAUUUAAUUGAUAGAGCAAAAUAUAUUAUUAUUUUAAUCUUAAAAUUUUAUUAACCGCUACGCAGUGUUUCACGCUUUCAAAGCGAUCUUCAGGCGAUACUGCCGCAGAGGAGAGAUAUACAGAGACGAAUCUCGCGGCAAAUUAUGUCACGCUGAUCAAAUAAACUUUAAAAUUAUAUUAAUUCACUAUUUUAUUAAAAAUUUUGAUAAUGCAGAGGAAUAAAACUAUACAUAUUGUAGAAGUAUUCAUGUCUUUUUUGCGAGAGUUACAUUCUGAGGAAUUUAUAUCAUUCGCUGCUUUGUAAUUAUAUUUGCAUCUGAAAUUCCCAGCAAGUGUAUUUCACGAUUUUAAUAAGGAGAAGAUAGGGAAAAACAAACUUUUGCUAAAUAGAAUGUUAUGUUAACACUUUUAAUGAAAGGAAAUCAAUAAAAGUGCUCGCUUGCCGUCACUCUUGAAGAAUUCAUUCAAAAAUAGCCGUCGAUAGCGCAGAUUUUUUAAAAAAACAAUUUUUCGUCUUUCAAAAGGCGUUUCCCUAUUACUUCCUUAUUAAAUUUCAGAACGACACUUGCCAGCGCUCGCCGGAAGUGCGAAUUCCGUGUGAUACAAAACAAUCAGCAGUUUGACGGGAGAUUCAUAUCUGUAUUUACCUCAUCUGUGAUACUACCACAGAAUAGAAAAUAGACCAGAAGUCUCACUUAGCCAAAAUUAUGUCUGAGAUUUUUUAUGCGCAAGCGCGAGCCAGCAAGUGUAAUCACGACGCCAUCACUAGGUAAUAAAGAUUGCUGUUUCAACCGUUCUUAAAUGACACAGGUUCAAAUAAUAGACAGAUUUAGAUCGAGGACGCGGACGUCAAAGACGACGUGAGAAUGGCGUGUUGUGCCCAUGUAUGGAUAUGCCACGCCAUUUUGACGUCAUUUUCACAUCGUCUUUGACGUCCGCGUCCUCGAUCUAAAUCUGUCUAAUGGGUCAUCGCAACAGGAAGACACAACGUAAAAAAAAACAAAAGCGUAAAAUAUUUGCACAAUAAUUGCAGAAUAUGCAGUGUACAUUUUGAGCAUCUUUUUCGAAUUUCAAGAAAAACCGUUGAUUUGAGGAAUUGACGCUGACGAACGAUGACGUGAUGUUCUCAGCAAGUGUUACACACGUCAUCUUGCGUGCGAAAUUCGUGAUCCGCAAGGCAAAAAUCGCGGACACGAAAAUGUUAGGGAAAGGUGUACAAUGAGGGUGCGAAAUUCGUGAUCCGCAAGGCAAAAAUCGCGGACACGAAAAUGUUAGGGAAAGGUGUACAAUGAGGCUAUAUAUAUGUAUAUAUGUAUAUAUGUAUAUAUGUAUAUAUAUAUGUAUAUAUAUAUAUAUAUAUAUAUAUAUAUAUAUAUGUAUAUAUAUAUAUAUAUAUAUAUAUAUAUAUAUAUAUAUAUAUAUAUAUAUAUAUAUAUAUAUAUAUAUAUAUAUAUAUAUAUAUACAUGGAUAAUAAAAUAAAUGGAUAGGAAACUAUAGAGCUGACGAAUAGCUGACGUGACCUAUUGUUGUCAAUACAUGGGCUGAUGGCGUGGUUGGAUGUUCAAACCUAGUUGCAAACCAAAUUCUCAAUAACGUCAUGUUUAGCAAUAACACAGCUAAACAUUUUAGUCAAACAGCAAAUAAAUAUAACUACGCCAUUCUAUGAUGAAAUCUCUAAGUAUUCCCAAUCAAUUUUAGCACAUAUUUCAAGCACGUAACAGUGAAAUUUCUUAAAAUUGGCGGUGCCAAUUUCGUAGCUACAAAUGUAAAAAAAUAAAAAACAAAGACGAAAAACAUUUACCUUGAAUACUUUGUUGUGGCUUAUAGGCAUGUUUUUAAAACAAUUAGACCAGUUUAUGCUUCAAUAUUACUCUUUUAAAGCAGAAAAUAUAGCAAAACAACAAAAAUGCUGAGAACUUUGGCAAUACGCGUGACGUCACGUUUUUCAACAAGGUUGAGUCAAUAACGUCACAGAGUUUCCUAUCCAGUUAUUUUACAAUUCAUGAUGUAAUAUAUGAACAACGAGAGCGAGUGUUUCACCGGGAUAUCCGAACACGAGAAAACGAGUGUUUGGAUAUCCCGGUGAGACACGAGCUCGAGUUGUUUAUAUGGCUUCUCAUUUGUGACGGAAUGCUUACAUGCUAUUGGUUUAACUACUCAUGAAGUAUUAAUGAAUUUGAGAAAUAUAUAUAAGCAGUCGCGAGUGAGAUUUUCAAAAAAAAUACCAAAAUUGCAAUUCGGACUCGUGCAAUAUGAAGUAUUUGAAAAACUCACGAGUGUACGCUUUCUUUUCAAAUUGCACGAGUCACCAUACUAUUUAAUAACUAUAGUCACUGAAUGCGAGGUGAUUACAAGCCUAUGUUCACUGAGCUGCAAAGCAGCUUGUAAAGUGAAUAUACUCUUGCGAUCACCGAGCCUGAGGUGACUAAUUGUUUUAGUAUAAAUUCUUUAUUUGAAACAUCAUAAUAUAUACAAACAUUGUAAAUAUAAUUUACUUCACUCUUUCGCUUUUGAGUCUAACGAAUCCGGCUGUCGGAACGGUGUCGCUCGAUUGUGUUAAUUUCCCGUUUUAGAUUGCCAAAUAAAUUGUUUUUUGGCAUUUAAAGGUGCUUUUGUCUUUUGGAAAUAGAUUGACACCAUAUAUUGUGUUAACAUACAAAUUAAUUUCCUUUCCUUCAUAUCAACUAUAUAUACUUAUUAACAUUUAAUAUGUUAAACAGGGGGCGAAGGAAGAAAACAAGGUGAAGAAAAGCUAGAAG